UUAAACUUUAAAGGUUUCUCUAAUCAUAAUAUAUUUCUAUUUUUUACUUUGCCACUAUGAACAUUAUAUCAAAUUAAUGGAAAGUUGUUGUAAAUUGACUUAUUUAAAAUGUCGACCGUACGUAAAUCAUCUUUGACAAGAUUUCUCCAUUGGGGACCAAUUUUAUCAAUCAUAAUUUACAAAUUCGUAACAUUAACAACGUUAUAUUUUACGGAAAUGUGGUGGCCAUGUUUUGGUUCAUUGGGUGGAUUUCUCAAUAAUGCACUUUUACUAACGUUAUUCGUUAUUAGCUUUUCAUGUUAUUUAAAAUGUGUUAUUAUUGGUCCAGGAUUUCUUCCACUCAAAUGGAAACCGGAGUUUGAAAAAGACCAACAGUAUUUGCAGUUUUGCACAAUAUGUGAUGGAUAUAAGGCACCCCGCGUUCAUCAUUGUCAUAAGUGUAACCGCUGUGUGUUAAAAAUGGAUCAUCAUUGUCCAUGGUUAAACACUUGUGUAGGCCAUGCAAAUCAUCCAUCUUUUGUGAUAUUUAUUUUUGUAUCCAUAGUAGCAUCUAUUCAAUCAUCCAUAUUAUUACUCAAGACCCUUCUGCUUGUACUCGCCCAGUAUGGACACCGAGUAUUGAUUUAUUUUCCAUUAAAGUUAACUCUUUUAUGGCUUACAGCAUUUGGAUUAGCUAUAUGUUUAAUCCUCACUCUCAGUUUACUGUUUUUUAUACAAAUGAAGUAUGUGUUAAAAAAUUGUACAAAUAUUGAAGACUGGAUUGUAGGAAAAGCAAUAUCAAGACGUGAACAAGAUCGAAAUUUGCCACCUUUUAUAUAUCCAUACAAUUUAGGGAAAUUAAAUAAUAUUAAAGCUUUUUUUUCUAAAGAUGAUGGUAUUCAUUGGGCAGUACGAGAUGAGUGUGGUGAAUAUGAUUUAACUAUUGAACAAUUAGAACAAAAAUUGAUUAAAGAGUCAUGGAAACAACCUAUGGUAGUAAUUAAAGAAUAUAAUGGCAGAUGGUUUCCAUUAAUGUUUGGUGUAUGUGUUUGUUGUCAAAUACCAUGGACUGACGAAUCACGGAUGCCAUUAAAUGUUGGUGAGGUUGUUCAAGUCACCAGAUUUCGAAAAUAUUGGAUGUAUGGUCAUAAAAAUGUUUCCAAUGGUACUCGACUACGAGGAUGGUUUCCAAAACCUUGUGUGUCUUCAAUACUUAGCACGACAAAGAAAGAAAAAUAAGCUUCUGACAAUUUUAUUUUACUAUUUAUGUUGGUAUGUAUUCUAUUCCAAAUU